AUGGAUACAAGCAGUUGCAGCACAUCUGAAAAAGCUAAGAAGGGCCACUUUGCAGUGUACUCUGCCAAUCAAAAACGAAAACUAUUCCAAAUGGCAGAGCAAGAGUUUGGAUUGGUGAGCAAUGAAUCUCUUACAAUACUAUGCGAGGCAGGGCUUUUGGAAUAUGCAAUUGUUUUGGUCAAACAGCAGCAUGUUUCUAGAGAUGUAAAGAGAGCAUUAUGGACUUCCAUAGCUAGUAGUUGUUGUUCAUCAUCUCUGAAUCUUCAACAUGCCAUCAAUUAG